AUGGUGCCAACCAUCAUCACUACUCUUGGAUUCAUUCUGCUCUCCGCUCAUGCAAGCUUGGCCCAGACCGCUGGGCGGGAUGUUUCUGUCUUCCAGAACACGGUAUACUGGACCAACUGGAGUGUGUAUGACAGAAACUAUCCCCCGCAGAAGCUGCCCGUGAGCCAGAUAAACCAAGUCUUAUACUCGUUUAUGAACAUCCAGAAUGACGGGACUGUCUUCACACGAGAUAAAUACGCCGACAUCGAGCAGCACGAUUCUUCUGAUUCCUGGAACAAUGCGGGUAACAACGCCUAUGGAGCUGUCAAACAGCUGGCCUUGCUCAAGAGGUCCAAUCGCCACCUGAAAGUGAUUCUGUCCAUCGGCGGCUGGACCAUGUCGUCCAACUUUCCAGCCGUCGCCGCCGAUGCCGCCAAACGCGCAAACUUCGCCGAGUCGGCUGUGACCAUGGUCAAGGACUAUGGCUUUGACGGCAUCGACAUCGACUGGGAGUACCCGGCGACGCCUAGUGACGCCGCUAACUUCAUCCUCCUGCUCAAGGCUGUCCGUGCCGAGCUUGAUUCUUAUCGUGAGCGUGCAGCUUCUGACUACCACUUCCUCUUGACUGCCGCGACGCCUGCCGCUCCUGAACACUAUAACGUGCUGCGUCUCAAGGAAAUGGGAGAGAUACUUGACUACGUGAACAUCAUGACCUAUGACUACGCCGGCGGCUGGGACCUAUCUGCAGUUGGCCACCAAGCAAAUUUAUACCCUAACCCAUCAAACCCAGAGUCCACCCCAUUUUCGACUGACCGCGCCAUCACUGAUUACAUUGAGGCUGGUGUACCCGGCCGUAAGAUUGUCAUGGGCAUCCCUCUUUACGGCCGUGGCUACGAGGGUGCUCUCGGACUCGGCCAAGCUGCAAGUAGCGCCAGUCCCGGCACAUGGGAGGUCGGAGUUUACGACUACAAGAAUCUGCCUCUAGAGGGCUCGUUCGAGGAGUACGACUACAUCGCCGGCGCGUCAUACUCCGUGGACACCGUGAACCAUCGCAUCAUAUCAUAUGACACAAUCACUAGCGUGAAGAAGAAAGUAGAGUACAUAAGAAAUAAGGGCCUUGGCGGCACUAUGUUCUGGGAGGCCUCUGGUGACCGAACUGACGAGAACUCGAUCAUCGCGAACUGCUUUCGCGGCCAGGAUGGCGACUCGAGAAUGGACAAGACUGACAACUUGCUAUUGUAUCCGGAAUCGAUCUACGAUAAUAUACGGACUGGCCUCGUCUGA